ACACCUAUCGUGAGGCUUCCACUGACCCUUUAUGGCAGAUUGCAAUGAAAGAGGAACUUGAUGCAUUAUCUAAAAACCAUACUUGGGAUUUGGUGACACUCCCUCCCGGGAAAUCUGUGGUUGGUUGUAAGUGGAUCUACAAGAUUAAGACUCGCUCUGAUGGGUCGAUUGAGCGCUACAAAGCUCGUCUUGUUGCAAAAGGUUUUACACAGGAGUAUGGGAUUGAUUAUGAAGAGACCUUUGCUUCGGUUGCUCGUAUCUCAUCUGUCCGUGCCCUCUUAGCUGUUGCUGCUGCCCGUAAAUGGGAUCUUUUUCAGAUGGAUGUCAAAAAUGCAUUCCUUAAUGGGGAUUUACAUGAAGAAGUUUAUAUGCAACCUCCUCCUGGUCUCUCUGUUGACUCAAACAAGUGGCAUUCAAGAACUCAAGGAUUUUCUCAGUCAGCAAUUUGAGAUGAAAGAUCUUGGACAUCUCAGCUACUUCUUGGGUCUUGAAAUCACUCAUUCUACUGAUGGACUUUAUCUUACUCAAGCUAAGUAUGCUUCUGAACUCUUGUCUCGAGCUGGACUUACUGAUAGCAAGACUGUUGACACUCCAGUUGAGCUUAAUGCGCAUCUGACUCCCUCAGGGGGAAACCAUUGUCUAAUCCCUCUCUUUACAGACAAUUGGUUGGCAGCCUAGUUUAUCUCACAGUUACUCGUCCAGACAUCUCCUAUGCUGUUCAUCAGGUGAGCCAGUAUCUGUCUGCUCCACGAUCAACUCACUAUGCUGCUGUUCUGCGCAU